GGGAUCCGUCGCUGCUUCGUCUUGUUCUUUUCCCCCUCUUCGUUCCUCCCCUUUUCCCUCCCCAGCUUCGCUAUACACUCGAUCAUAUAUAUAUAUAUAUUUACCAUUGCCGCUGUUAUCAUUCGCACUGGUGUUUUGGUCGUACGUGAGCUGCAAUAGGAGACCUGCUUGACGUUAAUGAUUCCUAAUCUUCCUAUUACUAGUAUUGCUGCUGACUUCUUGUCAUUUGGCGACUGUUGCUGCGUGCGGAGAUUUCCUUAAGAAGGCCACAAAGCGUUAUUAUAAUUAUUAUUGUUUGUUUCGCUUUCUUCUCUUCUUUUUACAGUUCCCUCCCCCCUCCUCCUGUCGCGCCGAAAGGCCGUUGUCUCUCCCCACACCUUUCGUGGGCCGCAUACACAGCAGACACAUACUCACGUAGUCACACAGCCCCACCAUAACUCUUUCACUCGCACUGCCUCGUGCCUCACCGAUUAUCCGUUGCUUAGCUGCGACCGUGUACCUUCCUUUUCCUUUUCUGCCAUCUACAGUAGUUGCCGGAGUGAGUUGAGAGUCAUGCGCUCCCCUAAGUCGUCCCCCGCCUCUUCGCCAGCGAGCUCGGCACAUUCAACGGCAUCCCCAGACACACAGCCGGCGUCUCCAGCAAACGCGACCCUCAACGAACGCCAGCGGCGUCUGGCACGGGAGCAGCAACAGAUGAUAGAGCAACUAAUCAGCGCCGGACUCGCGCAGGUUGCGGACCUCGUGCAGUUUGGCUUCACCGAGGCAGAGAUCAACGCGGCGGGGUUGAGCUUCCCUUCUCCGCAUCUGAGGGCGGAGGCGGAGGAGCAGGAGCAGGAGCAGGAAGAGCGCGCGCGAGCAGAGCAGGCUGCCACAGCGGCACUGCACACGGAUGACCGUCGCGCAAAGGCGCGCAAGCGGGGCUGGCAUGAUGAGCCCAAUACCCCCACGAGCACGCCAGCGACGGCGCGGGCGGCAGCGCUGUCGCAUGGGGACUUGACGGAUGUCAGGACAACGGCGAAGGCGGUGGACGGCGCGCUCCCGCCGUCCACCGUUUGCCACUCCCCCGCCACAGCUCCUUCGUCCUUUUCCUCGCCUCCAAAGGCGGUGGCCUUGUCGGAGCAGCUCCGGGCGUCUGCGGUGCGUUCAGCAGGUGUCGUCGAUCAGCAUCGCCAGCAACGGCAGGCCACCGGGCACGACACGCGUGGCUGCCUCGCCGAGGAAUGCGCUCGCACGCUGCGCUACGAGGCCGAGGAUGAGGAUGGAGAAAGCGCGUGUGCCACGGCGCCGGUGGUGGUGGCCGCAGCGCAGCCAACCCGUGUUGCCGGCAACACAGCUCUCGCCUUCUCUGGAUUGGACGUCGCGGUCGCAAAGGAGAUCGCGCAGAUGCUGCAGGCGCCGGUCGACGACGCGGCGCAAGCGGAGCAACACCGCAUGCAGGCGUACCUCGAGUCUCGUGAGGACGGCGGCACCCCGUAUAUGUAG